AUGAGGAAUCUCGAGCGCGCACCAUGGCUUACCGGCGUCCCAGCACUCCCUGCUGCGCUCUCAUCAGCGCUCGCCAUGGCUCUCUGGCUUGUCGCUUUCAAUGCUGCCUCGUCGUGCCACGCGCAACGGAUCAAUCCUUCACAAGCCGCGUUUCUCAAAGACAGCCAGACGGCAUGGGAAACGAGGUUACCGGGGCGCUUCCUGCUGCCAUCCUCGCACCAUCUGCUGCCUGCCAGCCAGCCGCUUCCAUCGGCUAUCACAUUCAUCUCCCACCUUCCCUUUAUCCUUCUGUUCCCCAUUGUCGCUGCUAACAUUGCCCCAGGACGCACCGCAUCCAUCCCAUCUUAA